AUGACCGCAAUGGAUGAGGGGAAUCAUCGUGUAUUGAGAUUGGUUGCUAGUUUUGGUAAAAAUCUUUUUUAUGGACGUCAAGCUGGUCCUUCGGCUGAAUGUUCGCGAACAAAAUCGACAAAGGUUUUCUUUGCAGACCUCCCAACUUCUUACAUACAACACAUCAAGUCUAAGGUUAUACCAAGUCAUGAGUUCUGUAUUCAGGAGGAAAAGGAAAGAUACAUUGUGAAUGUAUCGCAUUAUACUCGUCCCAAUGAAACCAUCCAAUGUAAAUGUAUCCUUAAGGAAGAUGGACGGCUCAGUAUGUACAAGGCAAAUGUGUCAUGCAUUGAUAAGAAUCUUGACAUGAGAGUGAUGCUCACUGCCAAAAGGAAAAUGACGACUCUCACCGAGAAAGAGAUAAGUAACAUGAAAGGGCUACCGGAUUCAGCGACUGUUGAUCCAAAUGUGAAAGGCGGUAUAAGGUGGCCGCUUGGUAAAUCUUCAUCCGGUGAUGGAUACAGAGUAUUUGAAGCUUGUCAUGUUAAAUCUACAGUCUACAGAAACCAAACUCUAAGGCUUAGAGUUAGAAAGAUUGGUAGAUUCAAUGAGAGGAUUGGAACAGGAGAAAUCAAGAGAGAGGUGGCUUUGAUGCGUAAAGACAUGAAUACUAAGUUACAGGAGCAGAACAUUGAGAGGGGUUGUGUUAUGGAAAUGCUUAAAGAUUCUCUUGGAACUCUAUGGGACUUCUUGCAUUGCGAUGCUUAUCUUACUUAA